GGUAUGGCACGAAAUGUGCUCAGGUGUUGCUAUUGUCAUCAUCUGCUUUAAAUUCUUUGUGCAAUGCUGUGUUUAUCAGUAUUAUUAUUUCUUUUUCUGCUUAGUCAAUAGUCAGAUACCAAAGUCAAACACGUCAAAAGGAGUUUACUUCACAUUAGCUCAGUGUAGCAACAAGCUAACCCACAAUACCGUCGUAAAGAAAUCGGCUUUUUAACUUUAUUGUCUUAUUAACAACUGAGUUUAAUAUAUAAACUAGCUGUGAAUAUGUACAACGCUUGUAGCUGUUGUUCUUUUGUUUGGUACAUUUAGACGUUUAAAUAUCUGCUGUUUGUCACGUUUUUUGACCGAAAUUAGCUCAUCAGUAACGCAAAGGGUUCUGAAGCUUAACUGUGCAAGCGUCUGCAAUAAUACGUGUUGGCAUAGAAGAGUGUGACCAUUUUUUGGUUGAAGAAUGAGUUUGGGAAAAAAUACAGCAUAUGGUGCUGUAAAUAGGUGGUGAUCUUUACUGGCUGUGAUCUUUACUGUGUAUUGUCUCUGAUUUCAUGCACACAGGGAAAUGGACAAGAAUGAAGACGUUAUCAGAACUAACUGCACUAAAACGCUGCUUGUCCGCCACUUACCAGCGGAGCUCAGCAAGGAAGAGAAAGAGGACCUGUUAAAAUAUUUUGGAGCCGAGUCAGUCCGGGUCUUCUCCAACUGGGGCCGUUUAAAACAUGCAGCCUUUGCAACCUUCAAAAGUGAGAAGUUGGCAACAAAGGCACUCGGCAGGCUCCACCAGUUAGAGAUUCUAGGCCAGACACUCGUUGUGGAGUUUGCAAAAGGCCAAGAUAAUGCCACAGUUUUAAAGGACCCACCAGUGUCGGACAGUGAUAAACGUGUCAAAGAAGAGCGGAAAAAACAGGAGAGCAAACAGCUAAAUAUCCCCCUCAUAGAGACCAGCGUUGCACCUAAUCUUGGGUUGAAAUUUCAAUCAAAUCCCACCCUGAAAUAUUUAUACCCACCACCUUCCAGUGGCGUUCUGACCAACAUAAUUCACGCCCUCCUGAGUGUGCCGAAGUUUUACGUCCAAGUACUUCAUCUGAUGAACAAGAUGAACCUGCCAUGUCCUUUCGGCCCCAUUACAGCCAGACCGCCCAUGUUUGAGCAUCCUCAUCCUGCUCCCCACUUCCCCAUGCCCCCACCUUUCCCUCCCAACUAUCCUCCUUUACCCGAAGAGGAGAUGGAUUUGUCUAGUGAGGAAGAGUCAGAGUAUGAGAGUGGAGAUGAAGACAAAGAAAGGAUUGUUCGUCUGAUGGGCCUGGUCAACCAAGCAUGCAAGAGACCCCUGAGGCCAAAAACCUCCUCUAAAAGAAAGAAGCCCAAGAUCAAGGAUUUGCUCUAUGCUCCCAAACCAGACACUCAGGGCAGUGCUCCAGUGCUACAGCCCUCCGACGUGUUUGAGCAACAGAGCCCCGCUGGUCCAAGGAAAAUUGAAUUCAACAUUUCAGUUCCCGAGGUGGGUGAUGCUGUGGAAGGAAGCAGCCCUGGUCAGCAGCCUAAUGAGGAAGGCAAAGCCUCUGUCCAAUCCCUGACCUCAGCCGACGAAGAACGUGCCGACACUCAGGCCAAGGCGGUGGUAGCUGAAGGGUUUGGGAAGCUUUACCCCAGCAUGCAGACAUCUGAGCAGCAGGAGGAGUGCAGCGACAACGAGCUGGAUCUCCCAUCAGACGUCAUCUCCAGGAAGGAGUUGGAGAAGGGACGGCUGUCCAGAGAUGAGAUAAAAAGGAUGUCUGUAUUUAAAAAUUAUGAUGCGGGUGAGCCGACUUGCAGGCUGUACGUAAAAAACAUCGCAAAGCAGACGGAAGAGAAGGACCUGAAGUACAUCUACGGGAGAUACAUUAAUCCUUCCUCAGAAACUGAGAGGAACAUGUUUGACAUCGUGCUAAUGAAGGAGGGCCGCAUGAAAGGACAGGCCUUCGUGGGACUGCCCAACGAGCAGAGUGCAGAGAAAGCACUGCGGGAAACCAAUGGCUUCGUUCUUUACGACAAACCCCUGAUCGUCCAAUUUGCACGGUCUGCAAGGCCGAAACAAGAGAACACCGAUGCAAAGAAAGGGCAGAAGCAGCGUUGAGCUCGGCCGAUGCCAAGACUUGAUAUUGUGGCCCCUGCAGAACCAUUUGUAUCCUUGCACUGACAUAUCCUUUGGGGAAAAAUAAAACACUCUUAAAGAUGGCAGAUGCAGAUUUUAGACUUUUGUACAGACUUGAAACUCUUUUAGCUCUUUGUGUCUAAAUGUAAAAGUACAAACAUCCGCUUUGUUUUAAAGAGCGUCUUGCGUACUCUCUUUCAGCUUUCUUUGGUGCAUCUUGUGCUAUUUCUGUUCACACUGAUCUUUUCCCUUUUUCGACUGAAUUUCAGGUGGUGGACAUCAGAAGCGGUUC